UGAGGAAACUGAGUGUUGCUAUUAAUACAGCAAAGGGCUCCAGUGCAGCUGGUGAAAGCUAAAGCAGUUCCAGUUGAAGAGGACGGCAGCUUUAGUGAACUUCUGUAACCAAAAGGACAUAUUGGGCCCAAUGAUGCCUUGUGUGGGAUGAUUCUGUGCACUUUUGAGGCUUUGCGACGAUGGACGAACCCGACAGAAGUGUUAGAUCAGGCCUCAAAUCCCAAUCACCUUCGGCCGCUGAGCUGCUGAUUCUGCACGCGGCCGAGGCGCAGGAAUGGGCGACCUACCUGCAGCAGAUCUUGAAGUCCUCCAGAAAGUUCCGCAAGAAGUCCAUUUUGCUCUACGCGGUGGACCUGGACCAUCAGCUCUACGGACCUGACUUUGAACGUUUCUGGAGCUGCGAGUGCAUCGUGCUGCUCCUCAGCGCCACCGUGCUGAGCAUGCUGUGUGACCCCGGGGCGGAGGGAGCGCUGCUGGGCCUCCUCCAGCCCCCGCAGAGAGUGGUGGUGCUGCUGUGCGGCGUGCUGGAGGACAACGUGCCGACCGAGUACCUCGAGGACUGGCCCAGCUGGAGGAAACUCUACCCCGAGGACGAGCCCGCUCUCUACAUCUCCACCAUUUUGGAGUCCAUCUCUGACAACAGGCGAGCGGAGGCCGAACAUAAGAGGCGAGCUGUAGCCGCGCCGGAGCUGCACGCUACCGCGGCCCCGGAGAGUCCCGCCCCUGAUGAAACGGGGGGAGCGCCGUCGGAGGAGGAGGAGGAGGAACAAGAAGUUCUCCGGGAGGACGAAGAACCAGCGAGCACGGAGAUCUCCACGAGCGAGGAACUCAGUGAAGCCGUGCGCGUCACGUGCCUCACCGUUCAGCCAAACCGAGUGCUGUGCGGGGAACGGGAGAAACUUUUUAUCAUUUUCACGGAUAAAAUAGAUGAUGGGUCGGAACUCAAGGUGGAGUUUUUAUUGGAAAAUAUAUCCGAAACAGUCCCAGGCACUUUGGAGAAUGAAUACACUAUAAGUGUUACUGCACCUGACAUGCCUGCUGGGGUGAUAUCACUCACCAUGUCCUGUGAGCAGUAUUGCGUCAGCUUGAGGCCUGUCACUUAUUACACCUACAUGGGGGAGGUCAGCCGGUGUCUCGAAGGUGCUGUUGAUCCGAUUAAUUUCAUCUGCCAGGCCUUCAACUUGACAUCCAAUACAACAGAAUCACUGGACGAUAUGCUAACUGACUCUUUGAAAGCCACGAUGCCUGCAGCUGGUCUUCAGCUGUUUGGAAUCAGACAGAUUGAGAAAGACAAUAUGGCGUCAAAUAAGCGCAAUGAGGAGCUUCCCACGCUGCUCCACUUUGCUGCUAAGUACGGCCUGAAGAAGCUGACCACCAUUCUCCAGCAGUGUCCCGGGGCUCUGCAGGCUUACAGCGUGAUGAACAAGUCUGGAGCCUUCCCAAACAAUCUGGCAGAGAACAGCGGCUUCUCUGAUCUCAGCCAGUUCAUGGAGGAGUUUCUUGACACGGCAGCUAUGCUCAAGUCUCACAUUGAAGACUCCAUCGACAAAGAGGAAUGUGUGGAGGUGUAUGAGUCCAUGGAAAGUGCGUCUCAAGAUAUCAUGAUGAAGUACUCGGGCGGCCCGGAGGACGUUUAUGAGUCGAUGCUGGUGAUUGAUCCAACAUAUGCAGAGGACCUGUAUGAGGUGAUGAGGGGAGUAGACGAGGACCCAGAGGUAGCUAUGCUCAAGAAGUUCUUCCAAGCAAAACCGCAUGCCAGCGUACAACAGGACCACAACGACCGCCUUAGGACUGAGGAGGAGGAAGAAAAGGGAAUCCCUGAUGACUUUAGAGAAAUUGAAGUAGAGGAGGACAUAUACAACCUCUCCCCAGAGGAUAUCUAUGAUACUGUGGAUGAAAACGACAGCUUCAACCUUGGAAUCGUGAACCGCCCACCGGCCCCCAUCCCCAGGCCUGAAUCCAUGGCGGACCUUGAAAGCCCUCAGACCUACAUCUCCAGAGUAUUUUCAGAUAAAGCCCAGAGUAAAACGUUGGAAAUGGAAUACCCUCCAGUUCAGCUUGAGGCGGCCCCCCCCUCUCCUCUUUAUGACCCCUACGCUGGCAUGAAGACACCUGGGCAGAGGCAGCUCAUAUCGCUGCAGGAGAGAGUGAAGGUGGGGGAAAUUACCGUGGAUGAGGCCGUCCAAGAGUUCAAGGCCUGGCAGUUGGACAACGACCGGCGAUCCAGCUCCAUUCGCUAUCAGCAGGAAAAUCUGAAGAAGUUGCGCGAUAGCAUCACCAGACGCCACAAAGAGAGGGAGAAGACAGGAAAGGAGCUUGAUUUUGAGAUAAGUGCUCCGCUGCAGAGGAAUUGGGGCCCCAAUGUGCUAGAGUGUUCAGUGUACGACCCGGCGCCCAGAAUGGCAGCUCCUCCUCCCCCGGUGCCUCAGAGUAUCCAGCGAAGCAGCUGGAAGACGGGCAGCACGUCCAGCACAUCCAGUACUGAGAGCAACAGACUCAGCACUCACAGCACCUUCAGCUACAGCAGCGGGACAGAGCCGGACUUUGAGGACACAAUGGAAAACGCUCCUCCGCCACGUCCUCCGCGGCUGUCUGAUGCUGCACCCCUCACUUCUUUACCCAGAAUUCCUCCAAGGCUCCCUGAAAGGAUGCCUGAGAAGAUGUUGCAUGAGCGCUACAUAUCCUGCCCGACUCGAGCACUUCCUCAAAGACCAAACCAGAGACAAACAAACUCAGCCCCCCCCAUACCUCGACGCCUGCGCUGAUUGACACGUGUCUACUUGAGUUGGGUUUAGUUUCUAAAGUGAUCAUUAUUUGUUGAAGUCAGGCAGACAGUGUUUCUUCUGUAAACCAACAUCAGGAUUUAAUAGUAUGAAUAUUGUGUUAAUGACAUGUUUAAUUCAUUCAUUUUUGUGAAUCGGUAUCAUUGAGUUCCCUGAAUUGUUCAAUGUUUUUGUUUGUGGCAUGGGGGGAGUGAGUCUGUAAGAUACAGGGUGUCCUGUUAACUGAGCCAUGAGAUAAAAAUAAUAUCCCUUUUUACUAUUAUGCUAUUACUUAACUGCUGUUGUUUUAACAUUAUAGUGUAUUAUUUUACCUCAAAUGAUGUCUCCCUUAUGCUUCUUAAAGAACUUUUUAAUGAUAUAUUUGGAGAUUUUUCUUAAAUUGUAGAGUUCAUACAUGGACAAUAUAGAAAUCAGUUUGGUUGUACAUCAUUCUUUUUACAUAUUCGGAAUUUCUUCAUUAAAUAUGGA